CAAUAAUGGUGAUGUGGAAGUAGAUUCUUCUAUAAUGGGUGCCCAGCAAGAGGGGAAGAAAAUGAAGGUUCCUCUAAAUUCUAGUGACAAGCUAUUCAAAGAGAUACAGGAUCAGAAUUUCGAAGUUGUCGGUCAGUGCAAUUGCAGGUUUUACGUCAAAGAGCAACAUCUAUGAAACAAGAUUACAAUGAGAUGCAAACAACUAACCAAACUGUUUCUGAAUUGAAAGACUUCGUUAAAAAACUCAACUCAUUGCCUGAAAUGACAAGGCAUAUACAUCUUGCUCAGCAUUUGAAUAAAUUUACUUCUAAACCUUCAUUUCUUGGGCGGCUAGAUAUGGAACAUACUAUUGUGGAGUCUGAAAGUUACGAUAUAUGCUUCGAGUACAUCGAGGAGAUGAUCCAUAAACAGGAACCUCUUGUCAAUGUUCUACGCAUUCUCAUAUUAUUUUCGAUCACAAAUUCUGGAUUACCAAAGAAGAACUAUGACUACUUAAGGCGAGAGCUACUUCACAGCUAUGGUUUUGAGCACAUUGCUACAUUAAACAAUUUGGAAAAGGUGGGAUUGUUCAGGAAGCAGGAGUCAAAAAGCAACUGGAUAACUAUUAAACGUGCUCUUCAGCUCAUUGUGGAGGACACUGACACUGCCAACCACAGAGAUAUUUCCUAUGUCUUUUCUGGAUAUGCACCUCUCAGCAUUCGCCUGGUUCAGCAUGCAAUCUGAUCUGGGUGGUAAUCUCUUUUUUUAAGAGCUCUGUUGGAUAGUAUUGACCAUAUUGCUGUAUACUCCCUCCGUCCCGAUGAGUUUGUCCACUUAACUUUUGGAACAAAUAUCAAGAAGUGGGACAAGGGAGUGGAAAGGGACUAAAAUGCCCUUAUGGGCUACGAUUAGAGCAAGAAGGGAAAAACAAAAAAAGACAUACGCAGACAUGAUUGAAUGCUGCCAAACUUUUACUUAAUUUUUUAAACAAUAAAUUUUCAUUCUUUAA